UAGUUAGCGUGGCGCAGGCGCAGUGCUGGGGGAGUUUACUGAGCCCCAGACAGCUGGAGGAGAUAAACAGAGGAGGGGGCUGGGGAGGGACCGAGUCCCAGCCAGCCUGGGGCUGCGGAGCAUGGCGAGGGGCUAGGGUGGCCAGCCCCACCCGCCGAGGGAGCCUCCUGUCCGGGCCCAGGGCCGGGCUGUCCCCUGCAUGGAUGGAGCCUCUCAACUUCCACUCCCUGCGGAGCGUGCGCGCUGAGGAGGCCUGACAGUACUGAUGAUACACAGGAUUGGCAGACCUGAAGGCAGAAAUUCUUCAUAUCGCUGCAGAACAGGUAAUUAAAUGUCUCUACUGUGGAUCUCCGCUUUGUUGGAAUGCUUGGAUGCACUGCAGCGCCUCCUAUAGCUUUCUUUUGUCGGCCUCACUGUGAGAAGAUGGCAAAAGUAAACAUUACUCGAGACCUCAUCCACAGGCAGAUCAAGGAGAAGGGCGCCCUCAGCUUUGAGCGGCACUAUCAUGUCACUGACCCAUUCAUCCGACGCCUGGGCCUAGAAGCAGAGUUGCAGGGUCACUCUGGAUGCGUCAACUGUCUAGAAUGGAAUGAGAAAGGAGACUUGCUGGCUUCUGGCUCCGAUGACCAGCAUACCAUUGUCUGGGAUCCCCUGCAUCACAAGAAGCUUCUUUCUAUGCACACAGGGCAUACUGCGAAUAUCUUCUCUGUCAAGUUCUUGCCACAUUCAGGGGAUCGGAUCCUCAUCACAGGAGCUGCAGACUCCAAGGUGCAUGUUCAUGACUUGACUGUCAAGGAAACCAUCCACAUGUUUGGUGACCACACCAACCGGGUCAAGCGUAUUGCCACGGCCCCUAUGUGGCCCAACACAUUCUGGAGCGCAGCGGAGGAUGGGCUAAUCCGACAGUAUGAUCUGCGAGAGAACAGCAAACGCUCAGAAGUCCUGAUAGACCUGACCGAAUACUGUGGGCAGCUGGUGGAGGCCAAGUGCCUCACUGUCAACCCCCAGGAUAACAAUUACCUAGCGGUGGGAGCCAGUGGGCCCUUCGUACGGCUCUAUGACAUACGCAUGAUCCACAACCACAGAAAAAGCAUGAAGCAGAGUCCCUCAGCGGGAGUCCACACGUUCUGUGACCGGCAGAAACCCCUUCCAGAUGGUGCGGCUCAGUACUACGUGGCAGGGCACCUUCCAGUGAAGCUACCAGACUACAACAACCGGCUGAGAGUUCUAGUAGCCACGUACGUCACCUUCAGUCCUGAUGGCACGGAGCUGUUGGUCAAUAUGGGAGGGGAACAGGUCUACUUGUUUGACCUGACUUACAAACAGAGGCCGUACACUUUUCUCCUGCCAAAGAAGUGCCACUCUUCAGGGGAAGUGCAGAAUGGAAAGACCUCAACCAAUGGAGUGUCAAAUGGCAUCCAUCUCCACAGCAACGGAUUCAGAUUGUCUGAGGGAAGAACACAUAUCAGUCCCCAGAUUGAGCUGCCUCCAUAUCUGGAAAAAAUUAAACAGCAAGCCAAUGAGGCAUUUGCGUGCCAGCAGUGGACUCAAGCCAUCCAGCUGUACAGCAGAGCAGUUCAGAAAGCCCCCAACAACGCCAUGCUGUACGGAAACAGAGCUGCUGCCUACAUGAAGCGCAAGUGGGAUGGGGAUCACUAUGAUGCUUUAAGAGACUGCUUGAAGGCCAUCUCCCUGAACCCAGGCCACCUGAAAGCCCACUUCCGCCUGGCCCGCUGUCUCUUUGAACUGAAGUAUGUGGCAGAAGCACUAGAAUGUCUGGAUGACUUCAAAGGGAAGUUCCCGGAACAGGCACAUAGCAGCGCUUGUGAUGCACUGGAUCGAGACAUCAAUGCAGCCCUCUUCUCUAAAAGUGAUAACGCUGAAGACAAGAAAGGGGGCGGGCCAAUUCGGCUGCGAGCAACUGGGCGCAAAGACUCCAUCUCGGAUGAUGAGAUGGUGCUGAGGGAACGCAGCUACGACUACAAAUUCCGGUACUGUGGCCACUGUAACACCACCACAGACAUCAAGGAGGCCAACUUCUUUGGCAGCAAUGCACAGUACAUAGUCAGCGGCUCAGACGACGGGUCUUUCUUCAUCUGGGAGAAAGAAACUACCAACCUGGUGCGGGUGCUGCAGGGGGAUGAGUCUAUUGUGAACUGUCUCCAGCCCCACCCGAGUUACUGCUUCCUGGCCACCAGCGGCAUUGAUCCAGUUGUACGGCUCUGGAAUCCGAGGCCAGAGAGUGAAACCCUCAAUGGGCGUGUGGUGGAAGACAUGGAAGGCGCUUCCCAAGCUAACCAGAGACGAAUGAACGCAGACCCCCUGGAGGUGAUGUUGCUGAACAUGGGCUACCGUAUCACAGGACUGACCAGUGGGGGGGCUGGAGGCUCGGAUGAUGAAGACAGCUCAGAGGGGCAGGUCCAGUGCCGGCCCAGCUAAAGCAAAACGGCUUGUCCUUCCUGUAAUUGUUGUGUUGAAGGGGAACCUGGUUUCCUUGGUUCUAAACUUUCUGACUGCACUGUUUCACACUAUGCACAGAGUAGGACAAGCUGGCAGGGGCAGGAGCGGCCUUCUCAUUAGACCACCGCCACCACCUCUCCUCCUCCUCCUCGUCACACUACUGAGCAGCAUGGCAAUGCAGUCUGGGUUUUGCCUUUAGUGGAAUUUAGUCCCUGCUGGGAUUUUGAGUUGUCUGUGAGCAGUAUAAACUGGUGACCUCCUCCAGCGUGAGCGGGAAGAAGGGGCAUUGGCUACAUUCAUGCGUUUGCAGAGGAUUCUUAACGUCCCAAAUAAAAUGUAAAUCUAGGGCAGGGAUUAUGGAAUGACUUUACUGCAGCGAUAUUGGUCUCUGAAGCUUGGCUUAGCUGCUCUACUGCUGGCCCUGGUCUGGGACUGUUGGUCAUAAUGGAAUAUCUCUUUGGCCCAUUGAACAUCUCACUAGCAUUCAUCUGGUCUCCAUCUCUUACCGUAUGGCCCUUGAAAGGGGCUGUUUGUGUUUAAAAAUGGGUGGUGGUCAAUCCUUGUCUCUGAGCAUCUACCUUAGUUGAUGAGUAAAAGGAGACAUUGAGUACAUGCAAUUGGAGGGGAACUGCCUUCCCAGCUUUAAUAUCCAUUAUUUUCCUCUGUAGCUUGUGAACCUGUAGAGUCAAGAUGCAGUAAUGGGAGGAGACUUGGCCUGGGGUAUGAGGCUUGGAUGACUAAUGUGGGCAGAGCUACCAAGGAAAGUGGCUAAUAAUAACACUCUUCCAAAGCUUCCAUCUCCUUCACCCAAAAUACUUUUUAGAUCUAUUUACCUUCUCCUUUCCUAGCACCCAUGCCUGAGUGUUGGGAAUGCUACUGCCAUGCACUAUUGCAUCUGGAGUUUGAGCUUCUAGAAGGUGAAAUUUUAGUGCAGUCAGCUACUCAGAAUCUCCACUCCUGGCCUCAGCUGAGGCGAUAUCUCACUGCAUCAUCACCGUGGUGACCUCCCUCUUGUGCAACGAGUAGAGGAGGGUACUGUGGGUUAGUGAUCCUCUCAGGAGCAGUCCUUGCUUUUCCCGCUUUUCCCUUGCUAACUCUCCGCAAAGCCAGGACUGGUGCUUCAUAUCUUUAGAACAUAGCACUGUAUGUCCACUCUUUUCCCAGGUAAUUUUCAGCCCUGUGUCCCCUCUUGCAUUUGCCAAAUCAUAAAUAUCCAAUUGAUCUUGCACGACUGUGCUACAGCCCAAGUAGAACUGUGUUUUUUAUGACUAUCAACUAAAACCAAAGAGCCCCUGGAGAUCUUACUGCUUUCUUGCACUCUUUUACCUUUUGCUGCUGAGGAUCUAAAUAUGCUAACAUUGGUCCCAGGAGUGUGGGGGUUGUGUGUAUGGGCAUGCUGCAUUAGGGCUGUUUUCCCCACAUGGUGGAAUCCCUGGUCUUCCUGUACCUGUUGUGGAAGGGUGAGUGGCCCAUCCUUCCUUCUCUGGCGGCUGUGCGCUGCCACACAUUGAAGGGAGGAUUGGCUGGGUGUUGGCUGAUCAGUGUGACUGGCUUCCCUCCCACCACCACAGCCCACUCUACCUCCUGUACAACAAGGGUGAGCCAAGUAUGAUCUAAAGAGGUCUGUGGUGUGUCCCAGGGCCUGCUCCCUUUGUAGUCCAGGAUCUAUACUGCAGUGUUCAGCAGACCCCCAGCAAGCAAUGCUCAACCUUCCACCUAGUGCAAUCCAGGUGGAGCUAGCUGGGACCAUCUGGUCUCUGCCGGCUGCGCCAAUGUCUGCUCCAGCUUACCCAGGUGAGGCUCAGCCCUGAUGUCUCUGGGUCACGUGGAGAUGCACCUGUGAAGAUUGAGUGCUCCUGUGCUCUCAGAGCCUCAGGGGACUAGGACAGGUGGUCUUCAUAGUCCAAGCAAAUGUAACCUCAGCUCUUCUUCCAUCCAGACAAGACUUUCCUGGGACAGGCCGUCUCUUGGUGGGGGAGGGUGCUUAUGCCUUUCCCAUUCUUGCCAGGUUAACCUUUUAAUAUACCGCCAAUGUGGUACAUGCGCCUCUUCACAGAGUUGUGCCCAUUUAGUUGUGUACAGGCUACUCCCCGCAGCAGUAUGCCAGAAUUCCCAGGUCCUCAGUGUUGUUUACUAUCCAUUGGCAGCAGAAAACGGCUCACUUGUUUGGGGUGUGUUUUUUUUUUUUUUUUUUAAAGUGGCCUGGAGUUUUUUGCCUAAGGUUUUCCAAUAGACACCUCUUUCUUUCUCCUCCUUCUCCUUAAACUUUGCAAGCUUUUCCUGGAAUAUCUUUUUUUAACUCUCAAAUCUACUGAGCCUAGAGCCUCUGAAAAAAACAGAACCACAAGCUCUCCUGGGGUUUCUCUUUCCCUUCAGCUUAUGCCAGGGCAGCUGUUUUUCUGAGCGCCAGUGUAGCUCUCCUACCUGCCAGCUGCAGUGUGAAAGCUACAAGACUUCCUGCCUCUGCAGUGGAUAGCUUUUUUGUUUGUUUGUUUGUUUUUUAUGGCUGCUUUUGAUUAAAAAGAAGGAAAUAAGUGGGGUUGAAGAGAGGAGUCCCUCUGGUCCCACCCCCUCAUUUUGGACAGAUUCUGUCUGCUUUACCGCUUGUUAAUGAGAAAUUCCAUAUUUAUUGGUGAAGGAAAAACAUACGGGGGAAGAGAUGUUGCUUUAUUUACCUCUGCUGUUUUCUUCUACCCUUUCCCUUGAAAAGAAGCCCCUCCAUUUUUUGGUUAACUCUUUCUAACCGAGGAUAGGCAGAGAUUACUCCUUUAUUUUUGUAUUUUAGCAGUGGGGAAUCUCCAUAGAGCCUCUGAGAUUCCUUUGGAUGUUGCAAAGACAACUACUCAUAGCUUUUUAAAUAUUAAAGAGGACAGUCUCCCAACCUGUGCCCCUGCAGCUGUAGAGAUAACACACAAGCCUUACUGUCCUCAUUAACAGGAGCAGAAUAUUUCUGUUUCUCUGGUCCCUGGAAGAGAAAGGGUUAAGCAAUUAAACAGUUUUGUUCUA